AUUUUUUUGUCAUUUCUGUGUGUUUUGUGUUGGCUGUGUGUAUUCCAGUCAUGCAGAAAUCGGAUGCGUAUUCAUACGACUAAAUAAGCUUAAGUACUAACGUGGAGCUGUUGAUUAGUAUUCUUCGGAAUCAGCUGGGAUGUACUGUAUUGACUCGAGAAAUGCAGGUCGUUUCCUAGCCUAAACAAGGCAAACGAAAUCAGAUCGAGAUGCUACUAGCUCCAGCUCAGUGUAGUGUGGCAGCAUAAGUAGGUGCAGAGACUCAGAUACCAGCACAUGACAGAGAGGCGAUAACCGGUCGAUUCACACCCUGACUAUACUUUGACAAGCUCAAGCUCGCUGCGAGCAUGGAGGUGGAUGGCAAGAAGCCGUACGUGAUUGCCGUGAUCAUACAGGUCAUCUACACCGGCAUGCUCGUCACCUCCAAGGCGGCGUACAACGAGGGGUUCAACACCUACGUCUUCGUCUUCUACCGCCAGGCCGCCGCUUCUCUUCUCUUGCUGCCUCUCGCCAUUGUCCUCGAAAGGAAAAACAUGCGGUUAAUGUCGUUCCGGUUGCUCAUGAAGCUGUUCCUCUAUGCCUUAUGCGGGACUACAUUUAGCUUGAAUCUGUACAACGUGAGCCUCAAGUUAACAUCUGCAACCGUGGGGUCUGCGACCAGCAACACCAUGCCCGUGGUCACCUUCUUCAUAGCCCUACUGCUGAGGAUGGAAGUGGUGAAGCUGAGGAGCCCCUCAGGCAUAGCCAAGGUGGCCGGCGUCGGGCUCUGCCUCGCCGGGGUGCUCGUCAUCGCCCUCUACAUGGGUCCGUCCCUGGACCCGGUGAACCACCACCGCGCCUUUGCCGUCGCCGCGAACGGAGAUGCUGACGGGAGGAGGGGGGCGUGGAUCAUGGGCACGUUCCUCAUCGUGCUCGUCAACGUGACGUGGUCCCUGUGGAUCGUCCUGCAGGCCGCGCUGCUCAAGGAGUACCCCCACAAGCUGCUCGUCACGGCGACGCAGUGCGUCUUCAGCGCGGGCCAGUGCUUCGUCGUCGCGGCGGUCGCCGAGAGGGACUUCUCCAGGUGGCGGCUCCGGCUCGACGUCACCUUACUCGCCGUCCUCUACACCGGGUUUGUGGUGACGGGAGUGUCGUACUAUCUGCAAGCGUGGUGCGUGGACAUGAGAGGGCCCGUCUUCCUCGCCGUGUGGAACCCGCUCUGCUUCGUCUUCACCAUUUUCUGCUCCUCCUUCUUCCUCGGAGAGAUCGUUCACCUCGGCAGUGUCUUGGGUGGAAUUCUUCUUGUUGGAGGUCUGUACAGCGUGCUGUGGGCUAAGAGCAAGGAGAAUCGGGCUGCAACGCGUGGUGAGCCGAUUAUGAUCAAUGGCGUGGAAGAGGAGAAAUCUGCGGAUGAGGAGGAGAAGAACACCAGGAGCAAACAAAUUAACGGGCAGAUGGAGCACGAUAAGGAAGCAACGGCAUCGCCUGCGGAACAAGUCUGAUUCGAUCGAUUAAAGGAGGCCCCAUCUUCUCAUGGGAUGCAUCCAUUAUUCCAGUAACUGUGGAUUCGGUCCUGUUUAAACCACACAGCAGGGGAAUAGAAAAUAGGCCCUAUUUGGGUUUAUUAUAGUGCCGUUAAUUUGGCUAAUUCUUAGUUCCUUAACCAUUUACAAAUCACGUUACCUAAACGUGCAAACUACUAAGCCUUAUACAGUUGCACUGCAAACUUUGAAGGUGUGCAGCUUUUAGUCCAUAUGUUGUAUAUAUGCAGUAAACGGAAUUGAUGAUGGUUGGGUGUUUGCCGCAAAGUCUUACAAA